AUGGUGCUAGUCGCAAACGGGGGCAUGAGGACUCCCUCAGGGGCCCUAGCUCAUUUCCUGGCCGCAUAUACACCGGCAGAGCUCUCGCUCGCCCGCAGUGAUUACCUCCGCCCCCCGCUGUCCCCGAGCCGAUCCACCGUCUCCUCUGCUCAGAUCCACCCUCGCUCCUCCCUUUCGUUGCGGGCGGAGAGCGCGGACGUCGACGACGGGGCCAGGCUGCUGCGUCCCAAAAUGCCGCAUCAGUCCUACUCCUACAGCGUCCACACCCUCAGACGCCAGUCUCGGGCCCGCUCCCCGCCUUGCGACUGCCUCCCGGUCGAUCCGAUCCCCCCUCCCGAAUUGUUCGAUUUUUAAACGCUCCUGCUCAAUUUCGCCACUGACUUUCGCGGCCGAUACUCGGUUUUUGAAUUUGUAUCGAUUUUGAAUGUUUGAAAAUUUGAAAAUCGAAUCGGCCAUUUUUGUAACUAUGAAUUCUUUUUGAACUGUCGAACGUGUCGUAGGUAAUGUAAAUUGAUAAGUUCGAUUUUUAAAUUUGUCGAGCGACAGCAGUGUUGCGCUGUUGUCGACGAGGAAUUCUGUCGAUGCGUACCUACAUAGUGAUGUAACAAUGAUUGACUCGUAUGUCGAUAGUUGGACGUUCUAAUGGUAUAUGUGCCAAUGAGGUAUCAGGAAGAGAUCGCCUUCGAAAGCGAACAAUUUUAUUCGAGUAUGUUUACUGUAACUUAAUUUAAUAUUUUAGUUGAAUUACGCAAAUCGCUCUCAAUUUUACGCCACUUGUAAUAUAGAUUUACUCAUGAAUUUUUAUUCUUUGCCCCUUAUGUAGAUAUGUAAGUUGACUGAUCGGUCGACGGUACCGCGCGUUCGGUUGUUUAUAUAUGGCUCUAGUUUAUUUAUAUCAAUAUUAUUGUCGAUUAACUUUAUAGUCUGUUUUACGAAAUCUGUUUUUUUUUUUAUUUAAAUACGUAUCGUUUCCUGUGGGGCGUGCGGUACCGUCGUCUCGUAGGAUCGUUCGUGCUAUGGCUUACCAUAUAAACAUUACGUAUUUUUAUCUUGUAAUAAUGUACAAAGUGAGUUCGCGCUCAAGAGAUACAAUUUAGCAUUAGUUUUUAAUUUUAGUAUUCUUUUCCAAUUGUAAUGACAAAUAUAAAUAUACAAAAAACAUAUGGCUGUCGUCGAAUAGCGAUAUAACUGUUCAUAUUAUCGGUAUAAUAAAUUAAGUAUGUGUCGAUCGACCGGUUUGUGUUGGCACGCAGUAAUGUUGAUGUUGCAAGGGGCCGCGUAUCGAGAUAAGCUGGUCGGCCGACGGUAGUGCGGUCGCCCAUUGCUGUCUUUCUAAUUGUAAGGCUGGAUUAGAAAGUGUCAAAGGUUCAUUGUAAUGUUACAGGAUGGACUCACAAUCUAGACUCUAGAUAUAUUUACACUAAAUAAAAUUAUUAUGAAAUAAUUAUUAGAUGUAAUGUAUUUGUGAUCAAAGUAUUAUGGACUUCGUAGUUACAUAGCAAUAAUGUUUAUAAUUGUAACUUAAUUUCUAUAUUACGUCAGCCUUCAAUUUUUUAAUUUUGGAACGGUUCUCCAUUUUUUUUUUUGUGAUUUAGUGUGACGCUUUCUUUCUGUAUUCAUUCAUGUGUGACGUUUUCGCAUACUAGAUCAUAAAUAUUAAAUAUAGGUUUGGAUGUGCAACGCAAUGCGGUGACCGUGGAUAUUUUCUAUUAUUAUAUUUAAGUGUAGCGUUAUAAUUUUACAUGGAAUCACAUUUACGCAUCGGAUACUUCGGUCGGACGUUGUCGCGCUGUCGGAAACGGAAUGUGUCAAAAAACUGUCAAACUCAUGUCAUUAUUGUGUUGAUAUUUAUAAUUUUGUGUAAAAACAUUAUAUUCGGCAAUGUUUUGUUUUAUUUAUUGCAAUUAUUGAACCAAAGGUAUAAAAAGAAUAUGAAUUAAUACUAAAUAUAAUUAUGUCGAAUUUACAGGAUAAUUAUGAUAUGUCUAUGGAAUAAUCUUCAGAAGGUCGGGUAUAUUCUUUAUAUCUCUGAUAAGGUACUGUAUAGUUUUUUUUUUUUUAUUUCUGUACAACACUUAUCUUUUCCAUUUCAUAGAAAUAUGUUAGAAAUAUAUAAAUUUGUCGAUAAAAAGUAUAUUUCCCAUCUCUACAGAUUGUCAAUGAACUCAACUUGUCAAUUUUUUAAAAGUGAAUUUUAUGGUGUUAUAAAUAAAUAUGAAAAAAAAGGGAUGUGGGAGUAGGUAACUCGUAUAAACAGGGUGUUCACAUUAAAUUGUUGUUUUUUUUUUCUAAAAAUAAGACUAAAUUUUAUAUAUAUAUUUCAAUAAUAUAAAAGGCAUUUAUUAUUACAUUUUUUAAUUAGAAAAUCAAUUCAAUUUGAGAGAAAAGAUGAGAAAUGGGUAUGAAUAUUUUGCAGUAUUUAAACUAGGUAAGGAAAUGAUUUAAUUUGAGAUAUACAGAAAAGUGUUUUUAUAUCUCAUAUUGCAUCGGAUAUUUAAGAAUGAAGAUUUUUUUUUAUGUAAGUAUAACACGCUAGUUAAUUUUGUAAGAGAUAUUUGACUGUCGGCUGUUAAAUUAACUUCAUCAAGUAUAUAUACUUAAUAUUAUAUAAUUUUGGACUUUUGCAUUAUUGGCGCACUUCAGUCUUGUCGUGGCCACGACAUGGUGCAAUCCACGUCGAAACAUCGGCAAUAAAAAUCAGAUAUGUAGGUACUAUCAGCAAAAAAUUUUCAUCGCUUUAAGUCCCGAUAGUUUAUUUAAAAUACCAAAUAUUAAUAUUAAAGAACUGUUAAAAGUUUAUUUUUCUAUAAUUAGUAAUUUUCCCUACUUGCUGAUGUCAAAAAUAAAACAUCGAUAUCAAAAAAUAUCGACAAUUUGUCAACACUAAGUCACAUUUACGUUGGUUAAAUUAAUUUAGUUCAAUAUAGCGUUGAUUUAGGUAAAUAUUUCUAUGGUUAUUUUGAACAUCGCCACAAAUUUUUAAUAGCAUGGAUAAAUGUUUAUGCGCAAAUGGCGUCGGCUAUGGUUUAUUGUUAAUUUUAUAGAUAGUACUAAUUUCAUAGUGUUAUCUUAAUAAAUAUUCACCGUCAGUAUUGUCCAAGCUGAAAUAAUGUAUUUAAAAUUUUACAAUAUAUUAUAUAUAUAUAUAUAUAUAUAUAUAUAUUUUGUAGAAUUUUAAUCUCAAAUAUCUCUGCUCUGAUAUUGUCUAGGCAUGGCCUCCAUAAUAAGAUUUGUUCCUUUUAAACUUAGCUUUCAAUGUAAGUUAAAAAAAUUUGUUUAAAGCCACCUAAAUUUUACCCAUACAAAUAUAAUAAAAUGAAAAAAGGUAAACAUAUUACGAACGCGCCGAAAAUAGAAUCUACAGAAGAUCCUAAUUAGAGCUUCUGUGACAUUGGCAUACACUUUCGCGCCAAUAAUAAAUUUACAUUUUUUUAAUCCGUAGAAGAAGAAAACUAUAGAAAUACUAUGAGAGCGUAUGCAUUAUGAAAUAGCAAUAGAAUGACGUCAUUGAGCAAACGAACAAAUAAAUAUACUCUAUAAGCUGCAGAAACCGUUUACCAUCAGACGAGCCGUAUGCUUGUUUGCCAACUUUGUGGUAUAAAAAAACUUUUUCGCGAAUAUUUAAUUUGAAUGUGCAAUAUAAACAUAUUUUUGAAGUGACAAAUAAAUUGAUUAAUCGAAUAAUAAAAGCGUACCUACGCAAAGCAAGACAAUAAUAUUUCCGAUCUCGCUCACACUUCGUGUUUUGCUUAUAAAGGUGUCUCGUUCUAACUAUUGUGUGUCGUUUCUAUCAGGAGCGCAAGAACUAGCGUAAAUCUAUUCCUUAGUCACUUCAUUCCUUUUUAAAUUAUCCGACAAGAUGGUGAAAUAUGUAUAUGUGUUUAAAUUCGGAUUUUUUUUAAAUUGUUUUCUAAACGUACCUUUAAUUAUUGUCACAUUCUUUGACAUGUGUGUUAUUCCGAUAAUUGUCUGUUAAUUGCCUUGUAGAUUCAGAAAAUAAUAUACGUAAUAUAUGAUUAAAUAUAUUUAUUCUCCACAGCGCAACAACGCACCGACCCACAUAAUACUGUUUCCAUACCUACUGUAGUAAUAUAUUUAUAUAUAUGAGCUUUGUUUUAUUAUCUACUAAGGUGAUGUCGACGCGUCGGUCUGUCGCCGACACGUGGUACCUACGCUGUUUUUGUGAGAUAAUCAAGUGGAAAUAAAUUUUAUUUUUAAUUCCAUG